AUGACGCACCCCCGGACUCUCAGAGUAGAUUAUGACAAAACUACAAAAGUCUUAUGUGUGGUGGGCUCCGAGCUUAACGUGAAACUGCACAGGAGCGCCCCUCCCAGGUCCAUGUACUUCUCUGUGAAGUGCACUCCCAGUGUUCAGUACAGCAUCAGUCCUCCGUCCCUGGAAACGUCCCACCUCUCUCCCAUCCCUCUCAAUGGAAACUCAGUACUACUCAUCAGCAUGAGCCGUGCCAGCCAGCAUGAAAAUGAUAGCAAGCUGUCAGUCCGUUACUAUGGGAAGGAUAAAGAGGUCUUGGGGAGAGCAGUCCUGCACCUGACAGCACUUGAGAUCUCUCUGGAUGUGGACGCGGACAGAGACGGUAUUGUGGAGAAGAACAACCCCAAUAAGGGAUCCUGGAAAUGGGGUCCUAAUGGGCAUGGAGCUGUUGUUUUGGUCAACUGUGACUCAGAACGGUCCUAUGGGAAGAAACCAGACACCGAGCAGGAUUACAUCUCCAAAGUGUCAGAUCUGAAGGACAUGUCUGUCAUGGUGCUGCGGACCAAAGGCCCUGCCAAGCUCCCAGAGGGCUACAAACUCACCAUGCACAUCUCUCAGGGCGACGCAGAGAGUGUCAGAGUCUUCAGGUCCAGAUCCACUGAAGUUGGGAAUAAUGUCCUAUCAGAUAAACUGUUCAACCACUUUGUGAAGGACUAUCCACUGGUGCUGAGCAGUGAGUCCUUGUCCCAGGAAGUGCCUUAUCUUGGAGGUGUGGAAGAGAUGAACUUUUAUGUGGAGGGCCUCAGGUUUCCUGACAAAGACUUUGAUGGACUCAUCAGCAUCAACCUCAGUCUGUUAGAGCCCAUCAGUUCUGUACUUCCUGAGACGCCUAUUUUCACAGACAAAGUUGUGUUCAGAAUGGCACCCUGGAUCAUGACACCCAACACCCUCCAGCCUGUAGAGGUGUUUGUCUGCAGCACAUCUGAUAACUACCAGUUCUUGAAAGGAAUGAAGAACCUUGUUGCCAGAAGCGGGUACAAACUUAAGAUUUGUCAUGAGUACAUGAACAGAGGAGAUCGCUGGAUGCAGGAUGAGCUGGAAUUUGGUUAUAUCGAAGCACCACAUCACCGGUUCCCUGUUGUUCUGGAUUCACCUCGAGAUGGAGAUCUCAUGGACUUUCCAUAUAAUGAAUUACUGGGACCUGAUUUUGGAUAUGUGACAAGGGUGGCCCAGAGAAAGGAUGUGAGCAGUCUGGACUCAUUUGGUAAUCUGGAAGUUAGUCCUCCCGUCACUGUUAACGGGAAAGACUACCCCCUGGGCAGAAUCAUCAUUGGAGUGGCCUUCCCGACGGCAACCAAAGGACGGAACAUGACCAAAGUAGUUCAAGACUUCCUGUGGGCCCAGAAGGUUCAGGAGCCCAUUGCCUUAUUUUCUGACUGGCUUGUUGUCGGUCACGUAGAUGAAUUCAUGUCUUUUGUUCCUGCACCUGACAGAAAGGGCUUCCGGCUGCUGCUGGCCAGCCCGGAUGCCGGCUACAAACUAUUCAGAGACUUACAGAAAGAUGGUCACGGACAAGCCAAACUGUUCGAGGGUCAGGGAGAUGCAGAACCAGUUACGUUGGAUGAGGUACUUAGUGAUGAAGGUUUCCAAGCUGAAAAUAACUACGUACAGAGCUGCAUCGACUGGAACAGGGAUGUCCUGAAGAGAGAGCUGGGCCUGGACGACGAGGACAUCAUCGACCUGCCAAUCCUCUUUAAGUUAGAGGAGGAUAGGGCAAAUGAAUACAGAGCAGCGGCUUACUACCCUGACAUGGUGAACAUGAUCGUCUUGGGGAAAAACCUUGGCAUCCCAAAGCCCUUUGGCCCCAAGGUGAAUGGACGUUGUGCCCUGGAGACAGAGAUGUGCUCACUGAUGGAGGGCCUGGGCCUCACGUGCACAUUCAUUGACGACUUUGCCUCUUACCACAAGCUGCUGGGCGAGGUCCACUGUGGCUCCAAUGUCCGCAGAGAACCGUUUGACUUCAAGUGGUGGAACCUGGAGAUGUGAC